AUGCUGAUUUCCGAACUAAGAAUGGACGUCGCUUGUCCUGAAGCAUGCUUCCAAGCCGAGUCGGCUGCUGAAUGUCUUGGGUGCCUUCGCGUAUGGGCAGGAACCCGUUUCUGGAAGAACCGACUAUCAGUUGUCUCUGUUGUCCGACGCAUUUGCCAGAGUCCGAUCGAAGAUGCAUUGGUCCAAGAGUUUUCACAACUAGGCACACUCAAUUUGUUCACUGUGGUGCAAGCUAUCCACUCGCUCAUGUUUCACUUGCACAACUCGCUGGUUUUUGAAUCCACACUAGCCCCGGUACAAACCGGGCUGGAGAAUUGGAGACAAAUUUGGACAGAGAGGGUGCCAGAAGAUGAGGGCAUGCCCGAUACUGCUCAAAAUUUAUGGAAGCAAGUGGGAUUCCUGCGGCGUGCCUCUGAGUUCUGGCAUUUGGCUCGCAUCAUGUCCGACAAAAUCAUGUCCAACAGCCAGCAUGAUGAUGACUUCGAGGUCAAUACCAAGCUUUAUAAAUAUGACCAUACUGACAUGGACGAUGUGAACGGCAUGAUCAAGGAGUACCGGAUGUUGAAUUUGGGAGUACAAUGA